AUGCCUCAUAUUCAGAGCCUUGACCCGGAGUCGAAAGAGCUCUGGCGGCCCUCUGCUCCGGAGUCAACCCAGAUCUAUGAUUUUAUGACCAAGGUCAACAAGAAGCACGGCUUCUCCCUGGAUGAUUACCAGACCCUCUGGAACUGGAGUGUCUCUGAACCAGGUCAAUUCUGGGAAGAGAUUUGGCAUUACACGAAAAUCAAUGCCCACGAGCCAUAUCAACAAGUGCUGGACACAAAAGAUGUGUUAUUUCCCAGACCUUCAUUCUUCGAAGGUAGCACUCUGAAUUUUGCCGAGAAUCUCCUCUACCCAGCAUGUGAGCCGGAUGAGAAUUCCGUGGCAGUAAUUAGCGCCACCGAAGCAGCCCGCGAGUCAAUAACGUGGAAAGAGCUGCGAGAGCGAGUUCGGCUAUGCGCCAACGCCCUGAAAGAAGCAGGCAUAGUGACUGGUGAUCGUGUUGCCGGCUUUGUAGGCAACCAUGUUUACACGGUGGUGGCUAUGUUGGCCGCAGCCUCGAUUGGUGCCUAUUGGACUGGGGUGUCUCCAGAUACCGGUGUGCAUGCAGUUCUAGAGCGCUUGAAGCAGAUUCAGCCCAAAAUCCUCUUUGCUGACAAUGGCUCUCUCUAUAAUGGUAAGGUGCAUGGCUCGCACGCCAAGGUGUGGGAGAUUGUCUCCGAGUUGCCAGAUCUGGAGCUAUUGGUGCUUCUUGUGACUGCUCCGGAAUUGGAGGUCAACCUUGAUGACCUGAAGCCUGCCAAUGGGAAGUCAAUGGUCUAUGGAGAUUUCCUUGCAAAUGUUCGGAACUCACAGGCGCCACUGGAGUUCGCAAGCUUGAAGCCAGAGCAUCCGGUAUACAUCUUAUACUCGUCUGGUACCACCGGCGCCCCCAAGCCGAUUGUUCAUGGAUCUUUGGGUACAUUGCUACAGCACAAGAAGGAGCAUCUUCUCCACUGCGAUAUCCGUCCUGGCGAUCGCUUGUUCUACUUCACAACAACCACCUGGAUGAUGUGGCACUGGCUAGUUUCCGGAUUGGCCAGCGGUGCAACAAUCGUCCUUUACGAUGGCUCACCAUUCCGGCCAUUCGACAUUGAAGGUGGCAAAGGAGAAAUGGCGAUGCCUCGACUGAUUGAGGAGCUUCAGAUCACACACUUUGGCACAUCUGCCAAAUACCUCUCCUUGCUUGAGCAGGCUGCUUUGAAUCCGCGCAAGCAUGCCCAUCGGCCAGUGUCGCUCAAGUCAUUAAGAGCCAUCUUCAGUACUGGCUCCCCAUUGGCGCCGUCGACUUUCGAGUAUAUCUAUUCUUCUAUUCAUCACGAUAUCAUGCUCGGCUCCAUCACUGGUGGCACAGAUAUUCUUUCUCUGUUCUGCUCUGGAUGUCCAAUUCUCCCCGUCUACAAAGGAGAGAUCCAAUGCCGUUCUUUGGGCAUGGAUAUUUCAGUAUUCGACUAUGCCGGGAAUGAUAUCAGUGAAACCGGCGAGCCUGGCGAUCUGGUCUGCGUUACACCUUUCCCCGCCCAGCCAGUCAUGUUCUGGCCACCCGGGCCGGCUGGUCUGGAGAAGUACCGGAAGAGUUACUUCGACGUCUUCGGGCCCAAAGUCUGGCACCACGGUGACUACGUGCGCUUGAACCCCCAGACUGGCGGCGUGGUGAUGCUGGGCCGCAGUGACGGUGUUCUUAAGCCCUCUGGUGUCCGAUUCGGCAGUGCUGAGAUCUACAACAUUCUCCUCAAGCAUUUCGCCGACGAGGUCGAAGACUCUCUAUGCAUUGGUCGCCGUCGAGAGGGCAUCGAUGCAGAUGAGACAGUCGUUUUGUUUGUCCGUCUUGCUUCCGGCAAGUCUGACAUGCCGUCGGACCUUGCCGCUCGCAUUCAGGCUACUAUUCGAAAGGAGCUUAGUCCCCGACAUGUCCCUGGUGUUAUUGAUGCCUGCCCUGAGAUCCCUGUAACGUCCAAUGGCAAGAAGGUUGAGAAUGCUGUCAAGCAGAUAUUGUGCGGACUCAAUAUUAAGAUUGGGGCGAGCGUUGCAAAUGCUUCUUGUCUAGAUUGGUACCGGAACUGGGUUUCGCAAUACCCUUAA